AUGCUACCACAAAAAGUCAUCAUAGAUACAGACCCUGGCGUCGACGACGUCCUCGCUCUCCUCCUCGCGCUCUCCGCAUCGGCGGAGGAACUCCAGGUCCUACUAAUAUCAUUGACCUUUGGCAACAUCGAUGUUGAGAGCUGUCUGCUGAACGUGGUCUCCAUGUUCCACGUCCUCGAGCUGGAGCGGAAGUGGAGGCUGGAGAGUGGGUUGCCGGUUGGGUUUGGUUGCCUGAGUGCGCAUAAGCCCAUUGUUGCGGUGGGGGCGGAUACGCCGUUAGAGGAGAAGGCUAUUAUGGCGGAUUACUUUCGUGCGUUUUACACAAGCUCCCUGUGUGCAGCGGAGAGCUGGUCGGCACCACAUUUCACGCCUGAGCAGACGUGGAAGCACAUGUUUGCUACUACGCCCGUGUUGAAGAAGGAUGAAGAGCACCCGCCGAAUUUCAGUCCUACGAAUAAUCCGGCGCAUAAAGAGAUUCUGAGAGUUCUCAGGGAGAACCCAGUGGAUAGUGUUACUAUUAUUGCUGUUGGUCCUCUGACGAAUCUGGCUCUGGCAGCAGAAGAGGACCCAGAGGCAUUCCUGCGCGUGAAGGAAGUAGUAGUUAUGGGUGGGAGUAUUGACGUUCCUGGAAACAUAACACCCAACGGUGAAUUCAACACAGUGGCUUGUCCAUACUCCGCCGCUAGAAUCUACUCCCUAACUUCCCCCAACCCCUCCGCAACUGCACCCCCACCCCCCAUCACCACUAAAAAGCUAAAACCGAUCCCAGGAGUUCUCUCCCGCCGCCUCAACCUCACCUUGUUCCCCCUAGACAUCACAACGCCCCACCUAUUAACCCAAGAAACUUUCACCAAUACCAUAAACCCCCUCCUCUCCUACCCCUCCUACCCCUCCCCAUUAGCACAAUGGACAAAAAUAUUUGUCGAUGUGACCUUCGCCAAGAUAAAGGAAUCCUGCCCCAGCGAGACAAUUGGUGACGGGGGGCUCUCCCUUCACGAUCCGUUGUGUGUAUAUUAUGUGCUCACCCGGCGGCGCGGCGGGUGGGAAGCUCUAGAGGACAGGGACCUAAGGGUAGAGACGCGUGGGCAGUGGACCAGGGGAAUGUGCGUUGUGGACCGGCGCAAGAGGAGGGUUGUGGGUGCGGCGAAGCCCGUGUUGUUGGGGGAUGAGGGGGUUUGGCUGCAUUGUGGGUUCGGGAAUAGGGUUCGGCAGAUGGUCAAGAGUCCAGAUGAGAAGGAGGUGGCGGGGGAGAUGUUGAGGAGGAUUUAUGGGGGAGCUUGA